AUGUCAGGUGGAGAAUUAAGAUUUAGCCUUGCAGAAAGAAAACCAGGUUCCAUUAAUACAACAGGUAGCAGUGGUAACGAAGUACAAAUAUCAAAUUUAGAAGAAUUUAAUGACGCAAUUAGAAAUGUUCAUAAUGAAAACAAUCAAACAAAUUGGAUUUUAGUUGGAUAUGAUGGACAACCAGAUAAAAUCAAAUUAUUAUCAACAGGUACACAUGGAAUUAAUGAAUUAGUUAAUCAUUUCGAUGAUUCAGAAAUGACAUAUGCAAUUGUAAGAGUUGUAGAUGUUAUUGAUAAUAUUCCAACCAAUAGAUAUGUUUAUAUUACUUUUAUUGGUGAUAAUGUUAAAGCAAUUACAAAGGCCAAAUAUGGUACAAAUAAAACUUCAAUCACCAAGCUUUUGGGUCAUUACAAUGUAGAAAUUAUUGCAUCAAACAAGUCAGAAGUUAGCGAAACUGAAAUCAUGGGAAAAAUUCAAGAUGCAUCUGGAUCAAGAAAUAGAACUGCUAUUCAAAAAGUUAAAAACCCAUCCGACUCUGUUAAUUGGAUGUUAAUUGGAUACGAAAAUAAAGAAGAGCUGGGCCUCGUUGGUACUGGUAGUGGUGGCUUACAAGAAUUAGUAUCUGUUUUAAACUCCUCUGCUAAUAAAGUAUUAUAUGGAAUUGUUUCCACCUUUGAUAAAUUUGAUGAAAUUGCUCAAGCUAAUAUUAAAAUCGCACAAAUCACCUUUGUUGGUGUUUCUGUCAGUCCAUUAGUUAAAGGUAGACUUACUACCCAUCGUGGAACAAUCGAUGAAUUAUUCUCACCAGUUCAUGUUAGUCUUUUCUCUGAAAGCCCAUCCUCUGAUUUAACCGAUGACAUCUUAGCUUCUAAAAUUCAACAAUUAAAAGGUAACAGAAAUUAA